AUAUUGGCGCCGCCCUGACGGCGGAGGCCUCUGCUGCGCGGUUCUCGGCAACACGCGGUAGUGUUCCGCGCCGGCCAUGGCGGACUACCUGAUUAGCGGGGGCACGUCCUAUGUGCCAGACGACGGACUCACAGCACAGCAGCUCUUCAACUGCGGGGACGGCCUCACCUACAACGAUUUUCUCAUUCUCCCUGGGUACAUCGACUUCACUGCAGACCAGGUGGAUCUGACCUCUGCCCUGACCAAGAAGAUCACUCUGAAGACCCCACUGGUUUCCUCACCCAUGGACACAGUUACAGAGGCUGGGAUGGCCAUUGCAAUGGCGCUUACUGGCGGCAUUGGUUUCAUCCACCACAACUGUACACCUGAAUUCCAGGCUAAUGAAGUUCGGAAAGUGAAGAAAUAUGAGCAGGGAUUCAUCACAGACCCUGUGGUCCUCAGCCCCAAGGAUCGCGUCCGGGAUGUUUUUGAGGCCAAGGCUCGGCAUGGCUUUUGCGGUAUACCCAUUACGGAUACAGGGCGGAUGGGGAGUCGCUUGGUGGGCAUCAUCUCCUCAAGGGACAUUGAUUUUCUCAAGGAGGAGGAGCAUGACCUGUUUUUGGAAGAAAUCAUGACUAAGCGAGAAGACUUGGUGGUAGCUCCUGCAGGUAUCACAUUGAAGGAAGCAAAUGAAAUUCUACAGCGCAGCAAGAAGGGAAAGUUACCCAUUGUGAAUGAAGAUGAUGAGCUGGUAGCCAUCAUUGCCCGGACAGACUUGAAGAAGAACCGGGAUUACCCACUAGCCUCCAAAGAUGCCAAGAAGCAGCUACUGUGUGGGGCAGCCAUUGGUACUCAUGAGGAUGACAAGUAUAGACUGGACUUGCUAGCCCAAGCUGGUGUGGACGUAGUGGUUUUGGACUCUUCCCAGGGAAAUUCCAUCUUCCAGAUCAAUAUGAUCAAGUAUAUCAAAGAGAAAUAUACCAAUCUCCAAGUCAUUGGAGGCAAUGUUGUCACUGCAGCUCAGGCCAAGAACCUCAUUGAUGCAGGUGUGGAUGCCCUGCGGGUGGGCAUGGGAAGUGGCUCUAUCUGCAUCACCCAGGAAGUGUUGGCCUGUGGGCGGCCCCAAGCAACAGCUGUGUACAAGGUUUCUGAAUAUGCACGCCGCUUUGGUGUUCCUGUCAUUGCUGAUGGAGGAAUCCAGAAUGUGGGCCAUAUUGCCAAAGCCUUGGCCCUUGGGGCCUCCACAGUCAUGAUGGGUUCCCUCCUGGCUGCUACCACUGAGGCCCCUGGUGAGUACUUCUUCUCGGAUGGGAUCCGGCUAAAGAAAUAUCGUGGUAUGGGCUCUCUUGAUGCCAUGGACAAGCAUCUCAGCAGCCAGAACCGAUAUUUCAGUGAAGCCGACAAAAUCAAAGUGGCCCAAGGGGUAUCAGGGGCUGUGCAGGACAAAGGGUCCAUCCAUAAAUUUGUCCCCUACUUGAUUGCCGGCAUCCAGCACUCCUGCCAGGAUAUUGGUGCCAAGAGUUUGACUCAAGUCCGAGCCAUGAUGUACUCUGGGGAACUUAAGUUUGAGAAGAGAACAUCCUCAGCUCAGGUGGAAGGUGGCGUCCACAGUCUCCAUUCGUAUGAGAAGCGGCUUUUCUGAAAAGGGAUCCAGCGUGCCUCCUCAGUUUUUCAAUAAAAGUUUGAAAAAGA